GUCAUAUGUGCUCUAUAUUAUGACAGAUACUCAUUAAAAUUUGUUUAAUUUUAAGAUUUAAUGUUAUUUCUACAAUAAAUUAAAAUAAAAUGAGCUUAUUUCGAAGUUACUGUCGGUAAAAAGCAGUAAUUACACUCAAAACAUUCGCAAUGAAUUAAGAAAAAAAGACAAGUUACCAAAAAACAAACAAAAUUUUGUGAUGGAAUUCGACGAAGGACUCUUCGUUGACUACGUGAAGGAAACUCCGAUUGUUUGGGACCGUUUCAGUCCCAAAUUCCGCUUGAAAAAUGAGAAAAUGUCCGCAUGGAUGAACAUCGGAAGUAAAUUCGGCUUAACAGGGCAACAAGCGUACUGCAAGUGGGUGUCGCUGCGAGAAAAAUAUCGUCGCGAAGUGACGUAUUGGGAGGAAGUGAGCAUCUAUGGCACCGAUAAUCCCAAACAAAAGUGGCACUUACUCGAUGCCAUGAGUUUCAUCGAUGCCGUGUACAAGCCACGCACAAAAUCCACAGAAGUCCCGUUCAAACGUCGCAAAAACGACAAUAACCACACCGGCAAUCAGUUUAAUCAGCUGCAAUCGUUGUUCAAUUCCAACGGGUUUUCGCAAAAUUCGUUGCUGCAAUCGAUGUUUCAGAUGGAUGCCCGAGAUGAUGAUGUCUCGAUAUCGCCCGAAAUUAUCGAAAGUAGGUCUGCGUCGCCAGAAACACCGCCGCCGCCGCUUUCGACAACAACAACGACGAUUCCCAUUAAAAGAGAACACGAGGAAACCCCCAAUUCGUGGAAUAAAAACAAAUAUUUGUCGUUUGGGAAGUACAUUGGCGAGGAACUUUGUUCCAUGAAACAUCACGAAGCUGCCGAAUUGCACGAAGCUCUGAUGCAGAGUGUGCUAGAAUUUAAGCGAAAAGCGAAAUCCACAAAAGAAUCUUCCAAUUUCAAUGGCAACUAAUGAGUAUUAAGUUAUGAAUUGUAUUUAAACACACACAAAAAAUGAUAAUAAAUAGCUUCUUAGUGAAUUCAAUGCACGUCGUUGCUUACUCACAACAACCCAGAUACCGAUUAAAUUCCAAUAAAAAAAAAUGUAAAAUUCAUCAUAAAACUUGUCAAUUACCCGUACAAACAUUACACAAGACGAACAAUUUGCACACAGCGAAGACAAUGGAAUGAAAGGGAAUUUUUUUCUCACCUCAGAGCGAGCAAUUGUGGGUGGAUUUGUACAAAGUAACGCAUAGACAGACAGACAACAAUAACCAUAUUGUAUUAUUAUGACGAUGUUUUACUUCAUUU